GAAAAUAAUCUCAGAGCGCACAGAUACAUCAUAAUGGUGGAUAACUCUGAUACAAAAAAGUAACAUAGAAAAGAAUUCUCCGUACUUAAAUUCUAUUAAAUUCUCUUUGCUGAGCCUUGCAAUUUUUGUAUAGGUUUUGGGAUUAACCUGUUUGAUUUUUCACGUACAUCAUUCAAUUUUUCAUUUAACUGUCUUGCAAUUUCAGGUCACUUCAGUUACUCAGCUACAGUAACUCUACUUGAUGUUCUUCAGCUCUCUGUGUUGGCUUGCAUGCUGCCUUUUCCAGCUGCUGCUAUUAUCUGGGGUACAUAAAGUUGAGUGUGGCCAGCAUCCCUUUCUGAAGAAUCUGCAUUAAGUGUUCCAGAAAAAAAUAAUUUAUCUACAGUAAAAAUGAGUGUGCUAUUUUUUAUGGCUUUUAUUGCAGAAAAUUAGUAAAGUAGAGUAGUAUAGAUUGUAUUCCCUUCUCCAAGCUUUCCAGUUGGGUUGGCUUCCAUUAUCAGCAGAAAAAAAGUAAUCUGUCUGUGGUCAUCACUUCCUCAUCCAAAAUCUGAAUGGUCACCUGUGGGAACACUUGCAUCUAGAGGCGUCAAGGAUGACAAGUACUCCACAGAUCAUGUCUAACAACAGAACGUGUUUUGAGUGUAGAUCGUGCAGCAGUGGUGAUAAUUGGAAGUUAGAACCCAGGCUCUCAACGGUGGUCCCACUGUAUUCUCUGAAGAUGGGACGAGAUUAUGAGGUCCGAGUCCGAUCAAGACAGCGUACCUCCGAAAAGUUUGGAGAUUUCAGUGAAAUCCUCUAUGUUUCCUUUACUCAAGCAGGCACUGAAUUUGUUCAUUGUGCCGAAGAAAUCGAGUUUCCCUGGUUCUUAGUUGUCGUCUUUGGAGUGUGUGGGCUGGCCAUAACAGUGAUCUUAAUCCUGCUGUCUAAACAGCCAAGGUUAAAAAUGCUGAUUUUUCCGCCUGUGCCAGUUCCAAAGAUUAAAGGGAUUGACCCAGAUCUCUUGAAGAAAGGAAAGCUAGAUGAAGUGAACUCCAUCUUAGCCAGCCAUGACAACUACAAGACACAGCUAUACAAUGGUGACUUGUGGGUUGAGUUUAUUGAAUUGGACAUAGAUGACUCCGAUGAAAAGAACAGAGUCUCAGAUACUGACAGGCUCCUGAGUGAUGAUCGUCUGAAGUCACACAGUUGUUUGGGAGCAAAGGAUGAUGAUUCUGGACGUGCCAGUUGUUGUGAACCAGAUAUUCCAGAGACAGACUUCAGUGCAAGCGACACAUGUGAUGCCAUCUCUGAUAUUGAUCAGUUCAAGAAGGUAACUGAAAAAGAAGGGGAUCUCUUGUGCCUUCAUAGGAAGGAUGAUGAUGAGGUGCUUCGAAGACUUGCCAACACAGAUACCCAACAGCCACGUACUAGUACUUGGUCUGAAAGCAGAGAGUCAUGGCCUCCUUUUGCAGAGAGCACUGACUCAGCUAGUCCAUCAGUCCAAACUCAGCUAAGUAACCAGAAUUCUCUGAUAAACACUGACUUCUAUGCUCAAGUGAGUGAUAUUACUCCAGCUGGAAGUGUUGUACUUUCUCCAGGGCAGAAAGCCCAGGUGUGGAGAGCACAGUGUGAAGGCUGCAUGGAACAAAACUUCACCAUGGACAAUGCCUAUUUCUGCGAGGCAGAUGUGAAAAAAUACAUUGCUGUGAUUUCCCAGGAAGAGGAUGAGCCGCGUGUUCAGGAGCAAAGCUGUAAUGAGGACACUUACUUCACCACAGAAAGCCUUACCACUACUGGUAUCAGUCUUGGAGCUUCAAUGGCAGAAACCGCAAGUAUGGAAAUGCCUGUCCCAGACUACACUUCUAUUCACAUAGUUCACUCUCCACAAGGCCUUGUGCUCAAUGCAACUGCACUGCCUGUGCCAGAGAAAGAAUUUAAUAUGUCUUGUGGCUAUGUGAGCACAGACCAGCUGAACAAAAUCAUGCCGUAGCAAUUCUUUGACUAGAUGUGUGCAGUAUUUCACAGCAGAGAGUCAGCUUCGGCUUGUGUGCUGAAACCGAAUGAAGUCUAAACAUUUGUCGUGGUUCUUAUAAGUUUAUCUCAAAUGUUGAAACAUAAAAUAUUCAUCAUAAUAUUCCUCUUGUUCUGUAAAUAUUAUCUAUGAAUUUGUCUUGAGACUGCUUAACUGCCGUGACUGUCUUGUUCUUGUGGGUGUUGAUUUUUGUGAUGCUAAACAUUGAAGUGACUAUGUUUAAUGUACAGUAAAUCAUGCUUUUUGUAAAGCUAAAAAUCAGGUGGUCUAAAAUCUGAGAAUUUAGUAAAAUCAUGCAGUUGACAGAGAUCUUUCUAUAAUAAUUGGGAACUGAGCAUGAAGGUGAAAAAUCCACAGAAGUAGUUUGAAUAAAGCAUCUAUUUUGAUCUACAUAAAUUAAUAAAAUGUAUUUUAAUAUUUUAGUCACAAAAGUGUAGAUGUUUUAUAUUACACUACAUGAUGUAGUUUAAUUAUGAUGGCCCAUCCAAGGAAUGUAAGUGCUGCAGUCUUGAAAACGAGUUUUCUGUUUUAUAAGAGCUUUGUUUGCAGCAAAAGUUAAAAAUAGAUUUUGCAGAGCCAUUUUAUACCUCCAAAGAAAUCUGUUGAGAAAUUUUGAAAUAUUUUAGGAACUUAGAGUAAUUGAUCCUAUUGCUUUCUUAUGGUAACUAGUGUAGAAAUAGACAUGAAAUUUAAAGUUUUGUAGAAAACUUUAAACUAUACAAAAUAUUUGGACAAAAAUUUCUGUUAUUCAUCAAAUUCUGGUUAAUGAUAAUAUACUUUUUUAAAGCAAGAUUUCAAUGACCACAGUAUUAAGGAGUAUGGAAGUACACUUUCACUGAAAAUUUUUGAAAACACAUGAAUAAGCUCUGGUGAUUUAGCAGCAUAAUCUUUUCGUAUUUGACCAACUUCUGAAGCCCUCCGAUGGACAAAGCCACCACACAGUUAUUAGACUGUGACACAUGAAGUAUUGAUUAAGAAAAUAAGGACUUCAGGAUUUGGCCAGCAGUUGAUUUUUUAAGCUAUAAAUAGAUUUAAAGUCGUCAGUGGAACACAGGAAUUGAAUACAGUGUUGUUAAAAAGGAUUUUUCCUCUGACUCUCCUCUGACUGCGCUAGGCAGACGUAAGAAAGAAAGGGUGUGAGAAAACCAAAACCAAGUGGGAAAGUUCUCUUAUUCUUAAAUAUGUAAAGAACUUGACAGAGCUUUGCAAUGAGUUUUUAUUGCUUCAGAAGUUACCUUACUAGACUAUAGCUCCAUCAUAGCAGGGUUCUUCUGAUAAAGCAAAUGGGGAUGUUCAUUGCCUUUCUCUGACAUGAACAGAAGUGUAUGACGUGCCGUGAAUGCAGAUCUUGCUCAUGAUGUCUCCCACUGAACUCACUGAUGCUCUCUUUGUGACCAAGGGCUACAGAACUGAGCCCAACUAUUGGGUGGGAUUUUUACGUUUAGAACGUACUUUAUGGUAAAUGUGCAUUAGGUAUUCUGCUAAUUUGCUGCUAUAUUUUUCUAACAGCUACAUUAUUUAGUUUCAUAUAGAAUUUCAUAGAUGAUAGACACUAAUGCAAGUAAAGCCUAUGUGUGUUUGGAAGAAGUUUCUUACUCUGUUUCUAUUGCCAAAAAUAGUUAAAUACCUCAAUCAAACUCAGAAUGUCAUUUUGGUACUUUACUGGUCACACAAGCCAUUAUUCGCCGGUCAGAAGAUGUGUCUUUCAGUUUCUAUUUAACUUUCCUUAUGUCAGUGUUUUGUUUGUUUUCCUCAAAGUUUAAUAAAUAUAUUGUCUUUGAUCUGU